AUGCACCUCGUUACCGGGGAGAGCCGCAUGCGGCGCACGGCGGAGCCCGAACCUGAACUCGAACCCGAACCCGAGCGCGAGCACCAUCAUGAGCAUGCCCCCGCCCCCCCGGCCCACCACCCCGCCCACGACUUCAACAACAUGAAGAACAAGUUCACGAACGAAGAGGGCCACCUGCCAAACCACAAGCACAAGCUGCCCAUGUGGGCCGUGGGAGCCAUUGCCGUGGUGGUGCUGGCGCUCGUCGGCUGCUUUGCCUUCUGCGUCUUCAAGAAGUUCAUCAGCAAGAAGAAGAAGCCCAAGAAGGCUCGUGAGAGGAAGGCGGGACGCCGCAGGAAGAAAGGAGGAGAAGACGAAGCUGAAGGGGAAAAGAAGGAAGGGAAGGAGGAGGAGGAGCGGGAGAACCUGGGCAAGCUGGAGUUCACCCUGGACUACAAUUUUACUGACAGCCAGCUCAUCGUAGGAAUCCUUCAGGCUCAGGAUCUUGCCGCCAUGGACAUGGGAGGUACCUCGGACCCAUACGUCAAGGUCUACAUGCUCCCCGAUAAGAAGAAGAAGUUUGAGACCAAAGUCCAGCGCAAGAAUCUCAGUCCCGUUUUCAAUGAGACCUUUACGUUCAAGAUCCCUUACUCCGAGCUGGGGGGCCAAACCCUGGUGAUGCAGGUGUACGACUUUGACCGCUUUUCCAAGCAUGACGUGAUCGGCGAGGUCAAGAUCCCCAUGAACACGGUGGACCUGGGCCAACCGCUGCACGAGUGGAGGGAUCUGCAGAGUGGAGAGAAAGAGGAGCAAGAGAAGCUGGGUGACAUCUGCAUCUCCCUCCGCUACGUGCCCACGGCAGGCAAGCUCACCGUCAACGUGAUGGAGGCCAAGAACCUCAAGAAGAUGGAUGUCGGCGGCCUGUCAGACCCCUUCGUCAAGGUGGUGCUGCAGCACAACGGGAAGAGGCUGAAGAAGAAGAAGACAACGGUGAAGAAGAACACGCUCAACCCGUACUUCAACGAGAGCUUCAGCUUCGAUGUUCCCUUCGAACAGAUCCAGAAAGUACAGGUCCUCAUAACCGUGUACGACUACGACAAGCUGGGCAGCAACGACGCCAUCGGCAAGACCUUCAUCGGCUACGGCGCCACCGGCGUGGGGCUGCGCCACUGGUCAGACAUGCUGGCCAACCCCCGGCGGCCCGUGGCCCAGUGGCACACGUUGCAGCCCGAGGAGGAGGUGGACGCGGCGCUGAAGGGGCCCCACCGCUAG